ACAAGCGCUUAACAUGGCAGCUAAUCUCGAAGAGCCGAGAAGCCGUUAAGGAUCCGUUCUUUUCUGUUGAAACAGUUGAACGAGUGCCGUGCGCUGCAGACCCUCGCACUCCGCUCCGCUCCACUCCACUCCAUCAUCUUCUUCUUCUUUCUCCUCCUUCCAUUCGUAGAACUUCCUCCGGGACCUGUGAGAUCUCUCUCACUGCGUUUCUCCGUGCACAGCGAUGGAGUCCCUCGCGAGGUUUGUUAGCUCACCGGCGAGUCUUGUCCCACGCCAUUCAUUGUUCUGCGCCCCGAAGAGGGCAAGACGCGGCGACAUGUUGAGGGCGAGGCUGAGCAACGAGAAUGACCUGUUGUUCGACUCUGCAAUUACUGCCGCUUCUCUUCGCUUCCAAGAGACCAAUCGACCCGAGCCCCUUCUGCUAGACCCUUACGCCGGUUGCUUCGUGACUUUCGAUUUCGAUAUGAAAGCGAAGAAACAGACCCCCCAUUACUGUCUUUCAACUCGAUAUAUCGAUGACAAGUUGCUUAGCACAGUCAGCCACAUCGAUGGCCUGAAGCAGGUUGUUUUGUUAACAGAUGGCAUGGAUACUCGGCCUUAUAGGCUUAAGUGGCCAUACUUGACCGUUAUGUUCGACAUAUCUCCCGAUAGAGUGUUCAAAGUCGCAACUCAGAAUCUCAAAGAUGCUGGGGCCAAGGUUCCAGAGACUUGUGUUUUCCUCCACAUUCCAUCGGAACCGUCCAAGAUACUGGAGGCUUUGACUGCGAAAGGCUUCAAUGGGAACCGCCCGAGUAUCUGGGCCAUUCAGGGAUUUCCUGUGAUGACUUUGGCAAAUUUCGAGGAGAUUUUGUAUCUUGUUGGUAGUAUGGCCAUGGAAGGAAGCUACUUCUUGGGUGAAUUGCCUGCUUGGUUGGUUGAAACUGAAAUAGGAAAGAAGCCGGAUCUAAACAGCUGGAUGGACCAGCUUUUCAUGAGCAAUGGUUUUAAGGUCAAGAUCAUCAACCAUGCCGAGAUUGCAAAGAACUAUGGCAAGCAACCAGUGUCGGAAGACUACGGGAAUGUAUUAUUCAUAGCAGAACAGUUGAGGUUAUCUGAUGAUCAGAUGGAGACGUGGAGGAGAACAUCAGAGAGAAUUGAGGAGGACGGCGAUGAAGAUGGAUUCGAGGAACUGUAGAAGGCAAAUGGGAAAUCAAUUCUCUUCUGCUGACUCAUAUUGGUCGGGAGACGCCUCUUUUCGUGCUUUUAGUCUCUCAUCUCAUUAGUAACAUCGAGUAUUUAGGGGGACCAUAUUAUAUACCUUAUACGGAGCUCGCAAGUGUGAAUAUUAUUCGAGUACCUGCAUAAUGUGAAUACUUCUUACAAGCUGGGAAUCGAAAGGUCGAAAUUAGUUUCGGUC